AGAUACUGGAGAGAAGGAAAGACACAGGAGCGAUCAUUUCCAUCUGCAACAGAAGCUUCUCAAACACAGAAACGCCUCCAGUGGUUUCCAUCAGAUACCAUCCAUAAGUGUUCAAGGCUGAGUGAUGGACAGAGAGGACAGAGAUGUGAAGUGCAGUCUGGCUGAAGCAAAGCAGCGUAAAGACGACACCAGAGGAAAGACGAGUCCUCCUCAACUCACACCAGCAAGACAGAGACAGAAAACUCAGCAGAAACAAGCUUCAGAGGAGGGAUCCAAAGUGGUCGAGGAGUCGGUCUCUCCGGAGCUGACCAGCUGGAUCAAACUCAACGCUAAAGACCUCAAGAUCCGACUGACGGACCGCCGCUGGGCCGCAGAGGUGGUCAACGAUUUCCGAGACAACCUGCUGAAAUUCCUGAGAUGCAACAGUGAUCAGCCUUUCUUCCAGUCCGCUGACUUCCUCAACAGCGGCAGCUACUUUGAGAAAGUCAAGAUCCACAGCCCCGAUGAGUUUAACAUGAUGCUGAAGCUUCAGGCCCCGUCGCGCCUCAACAUGACAGAGCUCGACGGCGGCCUCUUCUACCGGAUCGAUCUUGCCCGGCCCACUCAGAGCCCCAUACGAGCUUUUGUUCUGGAGAACGGGCGCACCCUCUCAUCGAAUAAGAUCCUGAGUGAGAUGUAUCGCCUGGUCCGCAAGUUCCUCAAGACCUACAAAGUGCCUGAUGAAGGCUUUCGCUGGGAGAUGAACAGGAAGCGACUUCACUCGCCGGCUGUGACUUUGUCUCUGUGCAGGAAUGAAAUCUGCAGUGACGAGUUGAUCUCUGUGGACCUGGUUCCUGCUCUGGAGGUUCACUCCUCUCAGGGCUGGCCGCUCGCUGUCCGCAGCGGUCCAGAUGUGGACAACUGGCUGGGAAAGAAGGUUCGCCAAGAAAUCAAAAGUUUGCCGUGCUUCUUCAUACCGAAGAGGCUCAAAGGACGAAACCUCAGUGAGGAAGCCAAAGAAAGUUGGAGGAUUUCUUUCUCUCACGUCGAGAAGAAACUCAUCAGGAGCCACGGCAACAAGAAGACCUGCUGUGAGAGCAACGCCACCAAAUGCUGCCGUAAACAGUGCUUGAUGCUCCUCAAGUCUCUGAUUGAAGGCCUGAAACAAUGUUUCCCCACGGAGCUGGAUCACCUCUGCUCGUACCACGGGAAGACAGUCUUCCUACACACCCUCUCCAUCAGGUUCGACGACUCCAUGUGGGCUCGCCAGCAGCUCCCCGCCUGCUUCCUGCACCUCCUCGGGGCCAUGGAGAGCCACGCUCGCACAGGCCUCCUCCCUCACUUCUUCGCUCCCAACUGUAACCUCUUCUCCCCGGCCCUCUUUCCCCGCAGAGCGCUGGCUUUCCUCGUCAGCGCUUUGGAGGAGCAGAGGAGGGAAGGACUGCCCCUGCUAAGGCAUCCAGCUCCUGUCCCACCACUCAGACUGAUGAGUCCUUCAGGAGACUCCUCCUCUGAGAUAUCCACCGACAAGUUGUCCAUGCUGACUACAGUUCUCUCUCUGGACACUGCAUUUAUGUAUAUACUGGUCCUGCUGUUUGGUGUAGCUGUCGUUUGUGUCCUAUUUUAUAUGUAAGUUAGGAUGGAGUCUAUGUAUUAGGUGA